AUGGCGUUCCCUCUGCCUCGAGGCGUCACGCCUUCGGAAAUCACCUUCCUAUGUGAAAUGGAAAUGGUGACCGUUGUUCCGAGGCAGCGUCUCGAAGGACUUGAAUUGCUUGGUGGACCAACGGAGCCUCUGAUUCCGCCCCGUCGCAGCUCCCUACCGCUCUGGCUUGCCCUUCUCCUUAAGCGACAGCGCCGUGCAAACAUUCUCCCACCUCCAUGGUUAAAUACUGAAUGGCUCUCCGAGUUCCUCAAAGCAGAAACCGACCACGACGUGUUUUUACCACCCCCUCCACUCGAUUGCGCUUCGUAUACGGGAAGUGUCGCCCGGCGAGGUGCCCGUAGGAGCGGACACUCGGGCCCCAGACGUACACUAGAUGGCCAAAGGUACAUCCCCUCAGCACCGUUUUUGCUUCAGAAUGUAGUGGACGACGAGUCCACGGCCCCGAGGAAUCUUUGGCUACCGUACCAUUGGCUCGAGCUAGCGACAAUGUUGCUCGAAACGGCGAGUGAUGACCUGGUAGAACCGGAUCAAAUACGCCGCAUAAUACGGGACAUUAGGGAAAUACGAAUGGCGAAAAUGAGAAAAUUCACGGAAUACGUGGAUGCCACUGCUAUCGGUGGUGGAGAAGGGUUACCUUUGACCGGUGUGGGAGCGAUGGAGAUAGGUGAAGCAAGAGGCUUUAUGUCGGGUGCCGCUGAAACAUUGCGACAAAUUGGCGCCUCGAAAGAGGAAGCGUUGAGAGAGCAGGCAGAAGCAGGUGACGAUUUGCGCAAUGACUAUGACGAAGAUGAUGAAAUGGAAUUAUGAGGCCUCAUGGUCGUUCCGCUUUAUUUUCGAAACACAAUACGACAUCAAGGGACAGAAGGUGGAUGCGAUUGCGUCCACCAACAGCAUUUCUCAAGAUCACCCAUUAGGUAUUGCGACCUUAUCGGAAGAAAUUUCUCGCCUCGGGGGGAUACAGCCACCCAUUCAAUUGAAGUCCGGCUGGCGAUCGAUUAAAGCUGGGACAGUAGAUAGGCACUGCUACAUAGAGACCCAGCUUGAAGACUUUAUAAACUCUUCGGCACUAGAGCUUACGCGC